AUCGGAAAAAAUGAAUAGCUGUUACGGGAAUAAUAAGAUUUCUGUCUGACACAUUUCUUCUUCAAAAACGCAUCUAUUUAUGCCUUGGUAUUAAAACUUCCAGAAUGAAUGAUUCGAAAGACAAUAAAUAUCAUAAAAUUCUUCGAUUAUAUUCAUAAGUUUUACUUAUUUCUGUUUUUGUUGCUGUAUUUAUUGUGGUUCAGAAAGUCAAAGUUUAUCUUUAUUAAAUCUUUACCGUAACAAGUCAGGUUGUCAGUACUGUGUUGCCUUAUUGCAUGUGAUUUUUAUUACGUUGUGUUGAAGGAUACAGUAUAAUCGUAAAUUUAGAAUCGAAAUUAAAUUGUUGGCAGUGAAUUUCAGAGUAUGACAAGUACUCUGAAUAUGAUGGCAAUAGUGUUUGAUGAGUAUUCUGUUGUCAUUACGAAGAAACUUCAAAAUAAUGACACGAGUUCACUGUGACAUAUUAACUAAGGAUAUUAUUAAACUCAAGGAAGACGACGGACACAAUAGUUAUGAACGUAGCACGGUGAAGACGAUUACACCCGCUUGAGAAUUACGAAGUUCAAAAUGAUGGAAGAUUUACAAGGAGCUGACAUAUGCCGAGUCUGCCGAUCGGAGGGUUCCCCAGAACGGCCCUUGUUUCAUCCGUGCAUUUGUACUGGAAGCAUAAAAUGGAUACACCAAGAGUGCCUAGUUCAGUGGAUGCGUUAUAGCCGAAAAGAAUACUGUGAAUUAUGCGGUCAUCGCUUUUCAUUCACACCUAUUUAUUCUCCCGACAUGCCCAGGCGUUUACCUUUACGGGAUGUAGCCGGCGGUUUGCUUACAAGCAUAGCUACAGCUGUCAAAUAUUGGUUACAUUAUACGUUGGUAGCUGUUGCGUGGCUAGGUGUUGUGCCUCUUACAGCGUGCCGUAUCUACAGAUGUCUCUUCACCGGCUCUGUCGACUCGAUCCUGACUUUACCCCUUGACAUGCUCUCCACGGAAAAUAUUGCAUCUGAUGUUUUCCAUGGUUGUUUUGUUGUGACCUGUACAUUAUUUGCAUUCAUUGGGCUUGUGUGGCUAAGAGAACAAAUCCUUCAUGGUGGCGGCCCAGAUUGGCUGGAGAGGGACAACCACCCUCAACCUUUGGCAGAUGCACCAGCCCCACCUGCUAACCCUCCACACCAUCCUGACAACAAUAAUGUUCUACAUGGUGGUGGCCCAGAUUGGCUGGAGAGAGACAACAACCCCCCAGCUGUGGCAGAUGCACCAGCUGCACCUGCUAAUCCCCCACAGCCUCCUGACAACAAUGAUGUCCUUGAACAGGAAGCACUUCCCAUGGUAAUAGGAGCAUUUCUUGGUGGUGGUGGAGGUGGCGGGGGUGGGGGUGUACCUCCACCACCAGCAGCUGGUGCAGAACUUGGAGCUUUCCUUGGUGGUGGUGUCCCUCCACCACCAGUGGCUGGUGCAGAACUUGAAGCUCCAGCAGAUGUUUUAGAAAAUGGGGGUGCUGAAGGGGACGAGCAGGGUGCUAAUCAGGGAGCUGACGAAGGCAACUGGAAUCCUAUUGAAUGGGAUCGUGCAGCAGAAGAGCUCACAUGGGAGAAGCUUUUGGGCUUUGACGGGUCACUUGCAUUUCUGGAACACGUUUUCUGGGUUGUCUCUCUCAACACUCUCUUCAUACUGGUAUUUGCAUUUUGCCCGUAUCACAUAGGACAUUUUGCAGUUAUGGGAUUUGGUCUGCAGCAACAUGCUACGGCAUCACGUUUUGAAGGACUUGUAACAACACUAUGUGGGUAUGUCAUGAUAGGCCUGGGACUUGUUGUGCUGCGCACUAUAGCAUCUCUUCUGGGAUUGAGGCGUUCAAAGAGAAUUCUUGGUCUUUGUUAUGUUGUUGUUAAGGUCUCGUUGUUGUCCGUUGUAGAGAUUGGGGUUCUCCCUCUAAUAUGUGGAUGGUGGCUUGAUAUUUGUUCGUUAUCAAUGUUUGACGCCACUUUGCGAGACAGAGAAACCAGCUUCCAAAUGGCACCUGGGACAUCCAUGUUUAUACAUUGGCUUGUAGGAAUGGUGUAUGUGUAUUACUUCGCCUCCUUUAUUCUUUUGCUGAGGGAGGUUCUGCGACCUGGAGUGUUAUGGUUUUUAAGAAAUCUGAAUGAUCCUGAUUUCAGCCCAAUACAGGAGAUGAUCCAUCUACCAAUAUUAAGGCAUGUGCGCAGGCUGCUUGCAUCAGCAGUUAUUUUUGGAACAGCUGUAUUGUUAAUGCUGUGGUUACCAGUAAGAAUACUAAGAGCUGUAUGGCCAAGCUUCCUGCCAUACACUGUUGCUCUGCAGACGGAGACUCAAGUGAAUGAGCUGUCGCUGGAGCUGUUGCUACUCCAGGUAGCAGUUUGUCUCCAGACAGUGAUACUACCAGCUCUGCUAGAACAGUCACAGACACGAACAUGGUUGAAAGCUCUUGUACGAGCUUGGUGUUGUGCAGUAGCAUGGCUGCUUGAUCUGCGACCUUAUCUACUGGGUGAUGAACGUGACCGUACACCUGCUGGAGGACAACAGCAGCAGCAGCCGCAGCCUGCAGGAGAGCAGGUACCUCUGCCUGCUGCCCUCGCAGGUGGUGGGCUGGGAGCUGCACAUCAAGCACUCCUUCAGAGGGAUGCACCAUCUGGCUUCCAACCAUAUGAGCGCCCGCGCUGGUUUGCGGCGCGACUUGUUGGUCUGCUUGCUUGUGUGUGUGUUACAUUAGUCGCAGCCAGUUUGGUUGCCUUGACAGUACCAGUUUGGUUGGGACGCGAAGUUACUGCAAUGUGCCUCCCACAACAGCCACCAGGAGUCAGUGCAUCACCAAUAACAGCAACGCGUCCUGGUACAAAUGGUACAGCGAGAGUGCACGAACUGUACACUGCAGCUGCAGGCACAUACUUGUGCUGGCUAGUUGCACGUGCUAUCGCACUGGCACUCAGUUGGCUGCCACAAGGUCGGGCAGCAAUCCUAAGUUGUUUACGACAAUGGUGUAUCUAUGGUGCCCGUGCUGUGGCAGCCUGCUCCAUCCUACUUGGUUUAGUCCCACUGUUGUUUGGCCUUCUGCUGGAGCUGGUUGUAGUGGUUCCUCUGAGAGUACCACUGGAUCAGACACCAGUCCUUUUUGUGUGGCAGGACUGGGCACUAGGUGUUCUGUAUACAAAAAUUGCAUGUGCAAUUAUAAUGAUGGGUCCAGAGUGGCACGUGCGUCGUGCUAUUGAGCGCACAUAUAGGGAUGGUAUACGUGAUAUGAACUUAGGAUUUGUUAUGCGUGAGUUGGCAGCACCUAUUAUCUCUUGUUUAGGGCUGGCAUUAGCAGUGCCCUAUGUUGUAGCUCAUGGUCUAGUGCCAUUAUUCGUAGCCAAUCCACAGCUGCGCAAUCUGAUUGCAAGGCGACUAUAUCCAUUCCUGCUGCUCGUUUCACUCACAGCAGGAAUUAUAGUUUUCCAGAUUCGACAGUUUCGGAAACUAUAUGAACAUAUUAAGAAUGAUAAAUACCUUGUUGGACGAAGGUUAGUGAACUAUGAUCAUCGUCGUCACAAAUCACCCUCCAUUCGGCAUUAGAAGCUAUAGCUGUUGAUAAUACUAUUGCCUUAAAUUUGAUAGCUUCCUCCGUCAUCUGCAUGGAGAUAACUGAAACCUGAAGAAAUUUUCUUAAUGAUUGUAGAAUUAAUAUAUUGAGUGUACAUGUUUUGAAUAAAUGCUUACGUGUAUAGUGUGUUUUCAUGAACUUGUCCAGUUUAGUAUUGAAAUUACUGACGACAGUUUAAACAACUUUUUCUCACAAAUACAAUGUGCACAUCAGCAAUAACACCAACUACUUUAGUAUUGUGUUCCCUCAUUUGAGAAUUUUCUUCUUGAAAUAGAUUUCAUACUUCUUGCAGAAACAGUUGUAUUUUUUCUGUCACUUUUAUCUUUGUUAAAAAAUUAUAAAUUAUAGAAAUAAUUAAUUUCUAGUUAUGUGAAAAAAAUUGUAGUCUCUCUCAAAAGCAACCACAACAGAUAGUUGUCAUCUCAAAUAUUAUUUAUUAAGAACUCUCCUGCUUCAAGGCUAGGCUUUUUGACUAUAAGACUAUUGCCUGGGAAUAAAGUACCUAUUAUUUUUACUAUUAAUUUUUUAAAUACUGAGGCAGAUAUCAGAUAAUCUAGUAUCAGAUGCUAUCUGAUGUAAAUGGUUGAAGACAGUUUUUAAGUUAUUUGUUCUUAAUUUAAAAUGUGAAAUGAAAUUUCUUCGCUUGCUCAUAAUUGUACUUUGCCAUACUUGUGUAUCUGGUUGAAGAUGCUUGUAUAUUAUUGUUAAUAACUAAAAUUUCCCAGUUAAUAUAAAGACUGUUACAGAUCUGGUGUAUCUUAUCUUUCCAUUGUAAAUAGCACUAGGUAUUUAUUACAAUAUUGUGUUGAGGUUGUGGACACUUGAUGUAUGAAUCAUUGAAGUGUUGACUAUUGGGCUUCAGAAUUUAAUUUUUUGAAGACCAUUUUGUAGAAACUCAUUCCUAAUAUGCUAAAGGACUGAUUUCAAUUACCACUGCAAAAAAACAGAGUACUUGACUGUGCACACAAAAAUAUUGUCACUUUGUGUAUCCAGUCUUCAUUCUUCAAAUAAACAUAAUUUUAAUUAUUA